CGAACUCUCGUGCCUUUAAGAAGCUUCUCUGUCAAUGUAUAGCAGAUUCUAACGAUCAAUAUUUUCCUUCGAAACCUAUAAUCACACUACGAGUAAAUUCUCUUCGAGUAAAUAAGAAAAAUCGAGCUUGUGAAGAUGAUUUAUGAGUAUCGAUGAAAUUUAUAUUUUCUAUGCGGCGAACUUUUCUCUAAUAACCUCCAAAAUGUGCGUUCGGCAUCAUGAAUAAGAAUGCAUCUAUCGAUUAUGAGGAACACGCUGUAACCCCUAUCGAUAGUUGAGAAUAUCGCAUGCACGUGACUAUAUAUUAUUCCAUUUUAACGAUUUCAAGUAAAAAUAACAUAUAUUAAGAUGUGACACAACGAUCGAGUUACUUUUGAAAAUGUAAAAACGCAGAACAAUCGAGAUAAGUCAAAUCGAGAAAACUCAUUGUUUUAUCAAGAUGGGAAGCGCAGUUAGUAGUGGACAAAACAAUGACGAAUUGGUAGAUAAUUUAAUGAAAUCUGGUUACAUAAGAACAAAGAAAGUUGAACAGGUAUUCAGAGCCGUUGAUCGUGCUGAUUACUUCUUAACAUCGCAUCGGGAAAGCGCGUACAAGGACCUUGCUUGGAAACAUGGCAAUAUCCAUUUAUCGGCUCCAUGCGUGUACAGCUUGGUGAUAGAAGGUCUUUCCUUGGAGCCUGGAUUGAGUUUUUUGAAUCUUGGAUCAGGAACUGGAUAUCUUAGUACAAUGGCAGGACUAAUAUUGAGUCAAUAUGGGACAAAUCAUGGUAUAGAAUUACACGAGGAUUGUUUAAAAUAUGCGUAUGAGCGUUUAGAAGAAUUUAAACAAAAAUCUUUAGCUUUGGAUGAAUUUGACUUCUGUGAGCCUUCAUUUGUACAAGGAAACUGUUUAAGCAUUGUACCUGGCAGACAGUACGAUAGGGUGUAUUGUGGUGCAGCUUGCCCGGAAAGUCAUGAGGCACUUAUCAAACAGUACGUUAGAGUUGGAGGAAUCCUUGUGAUGCCUUUCAAAGAUCAUUUACUCAGAAUUCAAAGAGUAGACGAAAAUACUUGGACGCAUCAUACGAUGCUACCUGUAUCUUUUGCUCCUUUAAUCGUGCCUACGUCCGACGAACAAAAUUUAUUCCAUUUACCGGAAUGCGAUCCAUUAUCUUUACAAGAAUUAUGUCGUGAUAAAAUCAGACAUAGACUGAGGGAAAAUGUCUGGCGACAACAUACGGAAUUGGAGACCAGAAAACCUAUACUGCCGAGACAACAAAGAUCUAGUAUACCUCAACGUACCUUGAAACGUUUUGUAAUACCUAUUUUCGAAGAAUCGGACGAAGCUCUUUUCGACGAAGAUGAGGAAUUUGCAGGAAGAGCUCGUUUAUUGCUCAACGUAGAUACUCAUCCCGGAGAGGCUAUUACAACGACCUUACAGUUGGUAAGAGCUGUCAUACAGCCGCAUCAAGGUGAAAAUAGGCAACAUUGGCAGGAAGCAAAUGACGACGACAGCGAUGGACAAUAUAUUGUCGCUUCCGUUGAUCUGCAUCAUGACAAUAGCGAAGAAAGAAAAGAAAACGAUAGCGAGGCGUUACUUACUGAAGCAGAAAGAGCUAAUACCAGUGAAAAUAAUAUCGAUUCGAGCUGCGAUCUAUCGGAAAUGCAAAAUCAAUCCUGUCAGACCAUAGAACAUCGUUCGUCUUUAUCAGAAGUAUAUACAAAUAUGAGCGAAAGCGAUAGCGAACCAGAACAAGAGACAUCUUUUACUCAACGUAAGAAAAUAGCGAAGCGCGAAAAAACUGAUAGCGGCAUCGUUGAGGAUGUUAAUCUGACCAACGACGAUGGUAGUUCUAGUUCAAAUACGAGCCAAUCAGAUUCUAAGAAUACCGACGAUUUAAAUUCUAUGGAAGUCGAUUUAUCCGAUAUCACGAUCAAUAAGUCCAUGAAGAAUAUGUACAAGUCUUAUCCCGAUCCUGCGGAAAACAUUCCAAACGAGAAUGUAAUAUUUGGACAUUAUGUAGAUGGCAAUGCUUUUUCGACGUACAUGAAAGAAAAGAUACAUCAAUUACCAUUGCCCUUUUCAUUAAAGUUGUACAUAAACUAUAAUCGACAUCUGUAAUAUAUACAUAGGAAAGUGAUUAGACUUAAUCGUUACUCUUUAAUUUAAAUAUUCUAAUAAAUACAUAACUUCUUA